AUGAGUUCUGCCUCCAGCGAGCCGGGCAACGGGGACUCUGCCGAGCGGCCCCGGCUGGGGCUGGAUGCUGUGAUCCAGAGGCUGGAGGACACCGUCCUGAGCCCCAUGGCCAGCAGAGAAGACCGGGCGCUGACCGUGCAUGGGGGAGGCUGGCGGGCCUCACCCAUCCCCAUGCCUGCCCGCAUCCGUGAGAUUGUGGCUGGCAGCCUGGGCGAGGAGCCGCCCCAAGUGCUGCGGGAGCCGCCAGCCGCCUCGGCCCACGUGCAGGAGGAGCUGUCCCGGCUGGAGGAGCUGCUGGCCCAGGCGGGGGCCGAGCGGGACGAGCUGGCCGGCAGGUACCACGCAGUCAGCGAGCAGCCGCAGGCCCGGCUGGAGGCCACCGAGGCUCGGCUGCGGAGGUCAGAGCAGAAGCACAGCGUUGACCUGGAGGAAGCCCUCGGCCGGCUAGAGGCUGCCGAGCAGAGGAGCACCGGCCUCUCCCAGGUGAACACCCUCCUGCGGGAGCAGCUAGGACACAUGAAGAAGGCCAACGACAGACUGGCCGAGGAGCUGGCGGGGACGACGCACAGCGUGCUCCUCCUGCGGGCUGAGCUGGAGCUACGGGAGAGGCAGCGCUGGACCCAGAGAGAGACCCGGCGUACUUGCGCGGUGGGACAGCAGGAUGUCCUCCUCCUGCAGAGACAGGUCACAGCCCUCCGUGGACACCUGGCUGAGCUGCGUGCAGCCACCGAGAGGGGCCUCGCUGACAUGCGAGUGGACGCGGCCAGGACGGCCCAGCGCCUGCACACGGCCUGCCUGAACCUCGGCUCCAACCUGCGGCUGACGGCCAGCCGCACAGCCAGCGCCCUGGAGCAGCAGCUGCAGGACAAGGUGCGGGAGAUGCUGCAGCUGCAGGGUCGCUGGGACGCCGAGAAGGUGGCACUCCAGGCCAGACUCUGGGAGCAGACGUUGCUGGUGGGGAAGCUCACAGAGCAGAACGCGGACAAGGAGGAAACCAUCUCCUCUCUCAGAACGGAGGUUCAGGAACUGGUGGCGCAGGCAGAUGCGGGGUGCCCGGAGCCAGCCUGGAGCGGCAGCACCGAAGGCCAGGAGGCGCGGAACCAACCAAGGAGCCCCCCACGGGCCGCGUCCCCGCCACGGGCCUGCUCUCCGGCCGCCCUGGACCCUGCGCUGCGGGCUGUGCAGGUGGUCAUUGAGAGGCGGCGGCAGCGGGAGCAGGAGCUGCGCCGGCAGCUGGAGUCCUCCGAGGCAGCAGCCGCCGGGCUCCACGAGCAGCUGUCCGAGAGCCAGCGGGAGCUGCGGGCCUCACGGAGGCUCCUGCAGGAGCUGAGGCAGGAGCAGGCCCGGGAGCGCCAGGACCUCCUGGGCAAGCUGGAGGCGCAGCGCUGCCGGGAGUUCAGCGAGCUCCGGGGAAGAGAGGAGGAGCUCUGGAGGGGGGGUGGAGGAGCUGAGGGGACGGUGGAUGUUUCCGACAAGGAGCGGCGGAGUCCGGAGGCCAGGCGCGCGGGGCUGCAGAGAAGCCUCCUGCGGGGGGCGGGGCAGAAGGCGGAGCUGGUGAAGCAGGGCCUGCAGGGCCGGAGGGAGCUGGAGGCCUCGUCUCAGGGGUCGGGGUGCCUAGCGAGACAGCAGGCCCCGCCCACGGCGGCCGGCCCCCACCGCCACCCAGACACCCACUCCAAGUCCGGCCCAGCGCCACCCCGGGGCAAAUCCACCACCCUGGGCCCAGCCGAGAUGGGUGCCCCAGCUCAAGGGCGCCUGGAGCAGCUGGAGGAGAAGGUCUCGGGGCUCAAGAAGGAGCUGGUGUCGGCCCAGGAGGUGCUGAACACAGCACGGCUGCAGAGGGACGUCCUGCAGAAUGAGGCGGAGGUUCUGCGCAGGGCCCUGGCCCGGGUACGACUUCCACUCCUCUCUCCCCGCUGCCUGGGCCCUCAGCUCAAGGCGGAGGGGGUGGAGCAGAGACACGCCCUGGCCGACUCGGCUGCCCUGAUGGCGGCGGCUCGGGACAAAGGCGCCCUGAGCCACCUGGUCCUGCAGCUGGAGCAGGUGGGCCAGGUCACAUGCAAGAAACAGGCCCUGGAGGAGCAGCUGGCCCAGAGCCUGCAAGACCAGGAGGCCCACGUGGACGCGCUCCAGAGGGCCCUGCAGGAGAAGGAGGCUUUGUCUGAAGAGCGGGCCCAGUUGCUGGCCAAGCAGCAGGCCCUGGAGAGGCAGGGCCAGCUCACAGCUGAGGAGGCAGCUGACCUCAGGGCCGAGAGGCACUCCCUGGAGAACAGCCUCUUUGAGGCCCAACAGCUGGCGUCACAGCUGCAGUCACGGCAGGAGCAGCUGGAGGGAGAGGCCCAGAGCGCAAGGCUGGCCCGGCAGGCCCUGCAAGUGCAAAUGGAGCAGCUGAAGUGCACCUGGGAGGUCCAGGAGACGAAGCUGCAGGGGGACGUGGGGCGGCUCUUGCAGCAGGUGAUACAGCAGGAGCAGGACACGCAGCUGGCCCUGGAGAGCCAGGCGCUGGCCCACCUCGAGGACCUAGCCCGGCUCCAGAGGGAGAAGGAGACCCCGAGUCUGUCUCUGACAGAGGAGAAGGAAGUGGCGGCACGCAGGCUGGAACAGGAGGAGGAGCUGGUGGCAAAAAGUGCAGCCAAGAGGGAGCCUCUGCAGGAGGAGAUUCAGAGCCUGAAGCGUGAGCGUGAUGAGAGUCUCCUUCAGCUGGAACGCGAGAUGCAGCAGGCCCUGUCUCUGAGAGAAGCGGAGACCAGCCAGCUGAGGGAGGAGCUGUCCAGGGCCGCGUGGGAGCUGGAGCUGGUGCAGCACGAGGCCCGGGGCCGGCAGGAGCGAGCCGAGGCCACCAUCAGCGCCACGACCGCAGACCUGAAGGCCCUGCAGGCCCACUUCGAGGACGCCGUCUCGGCCCAUCAGAGGGAGGCCAGGGCUCUGGGCGAGAGGCUCCGGGAGAUGGCGGCCCAGCGGAGCAGCGCCAGGAGAGAGGCCGAGAGGCUGCGGGCACAGCUGGACGAGGCCCAGGAGGGCCUGGCCGCCCUGCGCCGGGAGCUGCAGGGCAGCGAGGAGAGCCGGGAGAGGCUGCACAGGGAGGCCCUGGACGCCCGCCGGCUGCUGGAGGACGAGGCCCGAGAGAAGGACGUGCUGCGGGAUUCCAACACCGGGCUGCGGGCCACCAUCCGCAGAGUCGAGCGGGAGAAGGCCAGCUUCCAGCGUUCCAAGGAGGAGAAGGCGCAGAAGGUGCUGGUCCUGGAGGAGGCCCGGGCAGCGGCCCAGAAGGAGGCCGGCACGCUGCGGGCCCUUCUGCGGGCACAGCGGGCACGGGCAGACGCCCGCCGGCAGCUGCAGGAGCUACGCAGACAGGUGAUGUCACUGGAGGCCGAGAACCAGAGGAAGAGCCAGGAGCUGCGCCGGAUGCAGGUCCGGGGCGCACAGGGUGCGCAGCAGGGGACGCCGGAGCUGCAGAGGCUGGCGGCCGAGGCACAGGCAGCCAGAGAGGGCUCACAGAGGGAGGUCCUGAGGCUGCAGCAGACGCUGGUGGAGGCGGAAGCCAGGGCCGCGGCCCGGGAGAAGCAGCUGGAGGAGCGCCUCUGCGAGAGCCGGGGCACCGAGCGGGCCCUCCGGGCCGAGCUGCACCGCGUCACCAGAGAGCUGCAGCAGGCCAGCGGCACGGCCGAUGGCCUCCAGGCUCGCCUGGACGGGGCCUGCCAGCGGCUCGGCGGCCUGCAGCAGGAGGUGGCCCAGGCCAAGGGCGCCAGGCGGGAGGCGGAGGCCCAGCUGGGCCGGCUGUGGUCCACGCUCCGCCUGGGCCUGGGGCUCCGGGGACAGAGCCCCGUGGCCUCCCCCAAGCGGCCCGGCUCCCCCGCCAAAGGCUCAGAGGGCGCCCAGGGUUCCCCUGGGCGGCAGAGUGCCGGCACCCCCGGCCGGUCCCGCUCGCCGCUCCGAUGGCCCUCGCCUGCCCCGGGAGACUGCAGCACAGGGGCCGUGGCCUCGCUGAGGGACGCCCUAAGGGACUUGGCGCAGAAGCUGAGGGAUGCCCGGCGGGAGCAGGAAUGGGGGCGGGGAGGGGCUGGGAGCCUGAGCUGCCGGCUGAGCGAGGCCGAGAGUGAGCGCGCCCGAGCCCAGAGCCACGCGGGGCAGCUGCAGAGGGCACCGGCCGGGGCAGAGGAAGGUGGCCGCCCUUCUCCACCCUGCCCUGGCCACCACUACAAGGUCCCCCAGAGCCCCCCUCCUGGCACCUCGAGGGUCCGUCCCGGGAGCUGCUCGGGCCCGGGCCACGGGGCCAGACCCCGGAACCAGCAUGCCCCCUACCCCGAGGCGCCCCAGCACCUGGCAGCUGGCGGGUCUUUCUCAGCCGUGGCCUCCCCGUCACAAGGCAGUAAAGUCCAGAGACCUCCAAGGCCCGCCCCGACCUGGCCCCCAGCUACUCCGCCACGCCGGCCUCCUGCAGUCCCACCUCUGGGCAUCUGCACUGGCUGUGCCUACCGCCAGGAGCCCUCUUCCCCCACCGGGUCCUCGGCCCACGCCGGCGUGCAGGCUGCAUGGGCCCUGCAGGAGGAGGUGUCCCCGAGGCGCGGAGGAGCGAGGCUCCAGCCACUGCACGUGAUCUGGGCAGACGCCAGGUGCCACAGCCUCACCUGCAGCACACCCCGGGCCGUGCUUCCAGACGGCCUGUGCCUCCCUCCCCCAGAAGCACUGGACACGCGGCACCAGGCCCUGGACGAGGGCAGAAGGCACAGGCAGGGCCUGGCCCAGAGCGCGCUGCUAGAGGAGAAGGUCGCCCCCCUGGAGCGCAGGCGCGGGAGGCCCUGCAGCAGCCGAGCCGGGGGCUCAGCCUCAGGCCAGAGUGACCUGCCUACGCGCGGCCUCUGCCCGGCCCCUGCCCGGCCCACGUGCUCUGGCGGCGGCGGCGGCGGCGGGCGCAGCGCGCGGAGAGGCGUGUCCUGCGGGAGGAGCGGCCGCGCUGCGCCCCGGGCGGCCCGCCUGCAGGGGGAGCUCGCGGUGCACCGGGCCCAGGAACAGGCACGACCCAUCCAGCUGACCCCGGCGGAGUGCGAGGCUGGGCUUUGGGCCUGGGAUUCUGAUGCCCUCUCAGCACCCCCAGGGACAGAGCUGAGGAGGGAAAGGGACAACGUGAGGGCAGGGGCCGAGAAGGAGCCGCUGGACCAUACCUGCCUGCACCAGGAAGCGGACAGGGCCCUGAGGCAAAACCAGCUGGGCUCCAUGCACCCCAGUCUUGGGAGUGGGCCGGGGCCUGGGGCUGGGGGUGUCCGGCGGCUCCAGGAGCUGGCCACCCAGCACCAGCGAGACCUGAUGGUGGAGGCCGAGCGGCUGCACGGAGCCCAUGUACGGGCUGCACAGGCCCUGGCGUCCCGAGAGAGGGCCCACCAGCAGCGGGUGAAGGUGCUGGAGAAGCAGGUGGCCAGCCUGAAGGAGCCGCGGGACCAGGAAGUGCAGCAGCGGCGACGAGCCCGCCUCGGCCAGGCCUUCCAGGCCAAGGACUCUGUAAACAUGGGGAAACACGUGGAAAACAUUUCCACCAACUGAAGCCAAAAACAUAAUGUCCCGCAGGGCCAGCUACCACAUCCCUGCGCACAGAGGCGGCAAGACCUCCGUAUCCAGGAACUGCAGGGCCGUCACGGUGGCAGGUGGCUGCAACCGCACCAAGGCCCCAUCCAUGCUCACAGUGUAGUGACCACGCCGGGUGGGCCUCCGCAAGAGCCAGAUCCCGCCUGCCCCUCCAGGCCCUGUGACCUCCUGACCUCAUUCCCGGACCAGAGGCGACCGGAGCACGGCCCGGCCGAGCGGCAGCGGGACUCCGAAGUCCACCAACGGCGCGGCCGCGCUCCCCGCACGCCCGGCCGGCCGGCCCUGCGGGCCACUCCCGACCGCGGCCUCGCUCCUGCCCCGCGGUGA